AUGCAUUCGGGUUACGAAAUACCCGGGAUCCAGCAGCAUCCCCAGUCGGCCACCGACAACGACAACCCGGUUUUGCUAUCCACUCAUCACCCGACCCAUUUUCCCAACCAAUUCCACGCCGGGGCCCACCACCGCCUCUUCCUCGACCCGCCCCACUUCCUCCCGCCGCAGACCCACCACUACCUCGGCCGAGAUUCGUCCUCCUCGCCCUAUUUCCCGGCCGUGAACUUCAAGCUCGGGCUCAACGAGGUUUGCUCGACAAACAAUAUUAACGAAUACAAUAGUGAAAAAGAGAGCAGCAUUGUUAAUAUUGAAGAGGGCGGUGGUGACUGUAGCAUGCUCCAUGAGAGUGAGCGCUUUGAGGUCCCCGAGGAGGAGGCCCCACAAUCUUCUCCGAUUCUCCAUUGCUGGGCAAAUCAACAAGAUUCGACUACUAUUAAACAACAACCCAUUUCCUUCUGGGAACACCUGGAAUCCAAUGAAAACGCGGAGAAUAUGGCCCACAAACCCGAACACGGCUUGACCGACUUUGGCGAGCUCGAAGCCAUAUACAAACCGGUCGGGCAAACAGGCACCUGCGAAGACGGGAGCGCGGCUGGCCAGCCGCCCGAAGAGAAAAGGAAGCGAAGGAAGAAGGAGAAGAUGAAGAAGAACGACGGCGGUGGUGGUGGUGGGGUUAUCGGGAUGGCGGAGUUUUUCGGGGAUUUGGUUAGGCGUGUGGUGGAGCACCAGGAGAGUAUGCACCAGAAGCUGGCGGAGGUGCUCGGGAGGCUGGAGGAGGAGCGGGCGGCCAGGGAGGAGGAGUGGCGGAGGCGGGAGGCGGCGCGCCUCGUCCUGGAGUCGGAGGCCGGGGCGAGGGAGAGGGCCCUCGCCAGGGGCCGGGAGGCCGUGAUCGUCUCGUAUCUCGAGAGGAUCACCGGCGGGAGGGUUUGCUCGGUUUCAGAGGAGGUUGGGGAUGGUUCGGGUUCCAACGAGUGUUCUCGGGAUCAUGCUAUGUAG